AUGGAAGACCUUCAUGAGGCCAUGGACCCCUACAUCAAGCGUCAUCCGAACCCGAAACGUGGACUGAAGCAGCAGCUCCUUGAGGCCAAGCCUGACAUUCGCCCAGUCACGCCGCUCCUCCCAAUCGACGAAAUGGAAACACGACUCGAGUACAUGCAGAAGAUAGAGAAGGGUCAAAGGGCCUUCCGUAAGGACCCUAGCUGGGGAUUUGAGCCAUGCCAAUAUGCCACGCUCAUGAAUCUACCUCUCGAAAAACUAGCAAAACAUGCUCAGUACGACGCGCAGACCGAGGGUCUUCACAUCAAACCCAUCGGAAAAUUCAUGGCUCAUUUUUUCCAACGCGAACAGCCCGGAGAACGGUGCGAGUUAUCUCAAGUAGGUUUUCGCGAACCUGCAGGAUCGUCUCUUGGUAUACCAUCAUCCAAAGACUACGACAAGCAUCGCUGUGUAGUAACAGGAUCUGCGAACCCACAGGACUGUUACAUCGUGCCGUUGACAUGGAAUUCCACACCUGAGCUGCUCAAAAUCGCCAAGUCUCUUACAGUGGUAACCAGGGUGUUCUUUAGUCCUGAUGAUAUACAUAUAUUCGCCCAUCUUUGUGAUGAACUGGGAUCUUUAGAUAAAGAUUGGAAUAUAGUUAACUUAUCACCUCAACUCUAUAUAUGGUGGAGCAAAGGCUACUUUGGCCUUAAGUAUCUCGACCAUAAGGCCGACGAAGAACCGGGAAUGAGCAGGGCAGAGCUCCAGUUCGUAUGGAUGCCACAUAGCCAUUACGGCAAGUCGAAGCGAAUCGACUUGGAUAAGGAAAAGGAUAAGGCAAGCAACAUACGAGUCUGCCUUGAACAUAUGUUCGGCGGCGAAACCCCCUGCUCGCCUCCCUGCGACCGCUGUACAGCUAUCAGCAAGGUCCAGGCACAUAGGGUGCGAGAUCACUAUACGAUCGAGUCAGGAUACGUCUUCCCAGUAGUUCGAGAGACCAAGGACAUUGAAAAAUUCAAGGCCAUGAUCCAACUCCAAUGGGCUGCUAUUUGUGUGGGAUCAAUGUCAGGGGCGGCCAACUAUCCCGAGCUCCUGGUUGGCGAUGAGGACGACAACGACAACGACGGCGGCAGCGGCGACGACAGCGGCGACUACAGCGAUGACUACUACUACGACGACAGCGGCGACUACGACGAUGAUGACGACAACGAUAACCAACCAUCAUUAGUUGCCCCGGUUAGCAACAGGAUCGAGGACUGGCUGGAGUCGGUACAAGAGCCGGUACAGGAGCCGGUACAGGCGCCAGUACAGAAUUUAGCAGAGACUAGAUUUUGUGGAUGGUAG